GUCAGAGGAAGAAACAUGCCCACUGCCUCUCGGUUACUUUUGAUUGGUCUUGAUGUGGUCACAUGGUUCGGCGGCGCUGAGCGAUUGGCUUACGGUUUGCUCAGUGGCAUCGUUUUCGUAUUAAAAGUCGCCGGGAGACAGCUCGCUCUCGCAAUUCCCUACAAGAAUCUCCAAGAAUCUGACGGGACUUGCCCAGCCUUUAGAAGAGACAGCUCUGGUGAUCUGCAGGAGAUUUCCGCAAUAGGCGAAAUGGAAGACAAAACUAUUGUAAAAUCCCCGAAUGACCCUAAGAAGUACCGGUAUAUUCAGCUUGAUAAUGGGCUGAGAGUGCUUCUCAUUUCUGACUUGACAGUGGGUGACAAGAUAGAUGAUUAUGAGCAGGAGCAGGAGCAGGAACAGGAGCAGGAACAGGUACAGGAGCAGGACUGUGAAUCCAGUGGAGAUGACUUCAGUAACACGCAAGACACUGAAGAAAAGCUGUCUGCUGCUGCCUUGUGCGUUGGCAUCGGAGCUUUUAGUGAUCCUGAAGAAUUGCCGGGAAUGGCUCAUUUCUUGGAGCACAUGGUCUUUAUGGGGAGUAAGAAAUAUCCUGAUGAAAAUGGCUUUGACGUUUUCCUUAAGAAAUACAGUGGCAGUACCAAUGCAUCUACAGAUUCUGAGUAUACCAUUUACCAGUUUGAUCUCCAACGACAACAUUUUAAGGAAGGCUUGGACAGAUGGGCUCAGUUCUUUACUGCCCCACUGAUGGUCCGUGAUACAGUAGAAAGGGAGGUGGAGGCUGUUGAUAGUGAAUUUGAGAUUAGCCGACCUUCUGACAUGAAAAGAAGACAAAUGCUUUUUGCAAGCCUUGCCAACUCUGGCCACCCUAUGUCCAAGUUUCUCGCCGGAAAUGCUCAGACCCUGAAACAUGAGCCAAAGAAGAAAAAUAUAGAUCCGCAUUCGAGACUAAGAGCGUUUUAUGAGAGACAAUACUCUGCCAGCUACAUGACUCUCGCUGUGCAGUCUAAAGAGACCCUGGGCACUUUGGAAAACUGGGUGAGAGAGAUUUUCAGCCAUAUCCCAAAUAAUGGGUUACCAAAGCCAGAUUUUAGUAACCUUACAGAGCCUUUCAAUAACCCUAAAUUCAAUUUACUAUACAGAGUUGUCCCCAUUUCGUCAGAUCAUUCGCUGACCAUAUCAUGGCCUAUGCCUCCUCAGCAUCUUUAUUAUAGGGUCAAGCCCCUUCGUUAUUUCUCUUGGCUGAUUGGACAUGAGGGCAAAGGCAGCAUUCUCACCUUGCUACGAAAGAAGUAUUGGGCUGUGGUUCUGAAUGGAAGUAGCAGUCCUUAUGGUUAUGAACAAAAUUCAACCUGUACUGUGUUUACCGUUAACGUCACAUUAACAGAUGCAGGAUAUGAGAAUUUCUAUGAGGUAAUAUAUCUAGUGUUCCAGUAUGUGAAAAUGUUGCAGGUCUUGGGACCACAGGAAAGCAUCUUCCGGGAAAUCCAACAAGUUGGAGCUAAUGGGUUUCGCUUUAAGGAUGAGAUAGACCCUAUCUCGAAUGUUGAAAACAUAUGCAAAAACAUUCAACUGUUUGCAAAAGAGGAUAUCCUGACUGGAGAUGACUUGUUUUUUGAAUACAAACCGGAGGUAAUUGCAAAUGCUCUCAAGUACUUUACACCUCAGAAUGCAAAUAUUAUGCUCCUGUCCCCUCGUAAUGAAGGAAAAUGUGAUCUGGUAGAAAAAUGGUAUGGAACUCAGUACAGCAAAGAAGAUAUCGAUCCAAAAUGGAAAGCUCUCUGGGCUACAGAUUUUCCUUUAAACAAAGAUUUGCAUCUCCCUGAGAAAAAUAAAUUUAUUGCUUCUGAUUUUGCUCUGAAAACAUCAGACUGCCCAGACACAGAUUAUCCAGCGAAGGUGUUGGACACUGAGCUGGGAGCUUUAUGGUACAAGAAAGAUAACAAAUUCAAAAUUCCUAAAGCUUUUGUUCGUUUUCAUCUGAUCUCCCCUGAGAUACAGAAAUCACCAGAAACCUUGGUCAUGUUCGACAUCUUUGUCAAUAUUCUGACCCACACACUUUCAGAAUCCGCCUAUGAGGCAGAGCUGGCACAGCUGGAAUAUAAAGUGCUUGCUGGAGAAUUUGGACUAAUUAUGAGUGUGAGUGGAUUCAACGACAAACUGCCACUUCUGUUUGAACUGAUUAUUGACCACCUGGCAGACUUCACUGCUCCUCCUGAUGUGUACGAAAUGAUUACUGAGCAGCUCAAGAAUAUCUACUCCAAUACUCUCAUCAAUCAAAUGCAAUUAGGGCCGGACAUAAGACUAAUUAUUCUGGAGCAUGGCCGCUGGUCUUUGAUGGAAAAGUAUCAAGCAAUACUAAAGGGUAUAAGCUUAGAGUGUGUGCUGUCCUUUGUGAAAGCGUUUAAGUCUCGGCUGUAUGCUGAGGGCUUAGUGCAAGGAAACUUCACCUGCAAGGAGUCUGUUGAGUUUCUCAACUAUGUUGUAAGGAAGCUGAAGUUCUCUCGUUUGGAGUCCCGUAUUCCUGUCCAGUUCCAGAUUGUCGAAUUGCCAAAGGCUCACAGCUUGUGCAAAGUGAAGGCUCUGAAUAAAGAAGAUAGCAAUACUGAGGUCACCGUCUAUUACCAGUCAGGUCCAAAACGCUUAAGAGAGACCGCUCUGAUGGAUCUGCUUGUGUUGCACAUGGAGGAACCCAGCUUUGAUUUUCUGAGGACAAAGCAGACCCUGGGGUAUCAGGUCUAUCCAUUGAGCCGAAAUACAUCUGGCAUUUUGGGAUUUUCAAUUACUGUGCAGUCACAAGCAACUAAAUACAACUCUGAGUUUGUGGACCAAAAAAUAGAGGAGUUUCUGGUGAUGUAUGGUGAUAAAAUUGUAAGCAUCACGGAUGAAGAAUUCAGAAUACAGGCGCAAGCACUCAUAAAAAAGAAGGAACGUAAGGACGCCAACUUGGGGGACGAAGUGUCCAGAAACUGGACUGAAGUUGCGAGCCAGCUGUACCUAUUUGAUCGUUUAGUGCGUGAGAGCAGUGCUUUGAAGACCUUUGUGAAGGAAGACAUGAUCUCUUGGUUUAAAGCUCAUCGAGGCUCUGACAGAAAGGUGCUCAGCGUGCAUGCGGUUGGUUUUGGUGAGAAGGAGCCAGAUACUGUGACGUGCUCUUCCACGGGACAACCAGAUUCCUCCAUUCCCCUUUGUCUGUCUUUCCUUCCUUCUACUCCAUUGAUGGAAAAGGCAGAUGUUAUUACGGAUAUCCGUGCCUUUACUUCACCCUUGAAGCUGUUCCCAUACCACAAAAUAAUCUAAAAUUCCAGAAGGUUCCGGUGUAGGAGAUGCUGGAUUCCUGGUGGUGGAUUUACACCAUUACUUUGUGUGGCUUUCUAUAAUGUGAUAGCAGUUUGCUUCCUUUAAUGCUUUUUAAAAAGAGCAGAUUCUUGCACUAGAAAUCUAUAAGGAAAUUGCUGAAAUGGUCAGGCAGAAAUGUCAUUUUGUGGGGAAGGCGCACGCACGGUCUUAUGAAUAUGUGUUUGAUGGCUCAAUGUACUUAGUGUGAUACAGGGGUUGGGUUUCCUUGUUCUUUGCUUUACUGCCUUGCAGUGCUGAAUAGCUUUAAGGCAAAUCUCUCUGACUGUAGUGUUUAUAUUAUAUUAUUAUAUACAGCUGUAAUUUUCAUAGAGCAUCUAUCUCUGUGUAUCUGCAUUCUAAAGAUAUUGGUGGGAGCUGCUAUAUUCCUUGCAUUGGCCGGCGUAUUUACCAUGGAAUUGCAAUGAAACCAUCUAUUGCUCAGCAGAUGUUGCUCUUGUUCUUUUAAAAUCCUGUAUGAAGGGUCUCAAGUCACGGAGUAGCUCCCAGUGGAAUGCAUCGUUGUGACUAUGGAGACAGAAUGUUCCGAGUGCUCUGCAGGCUCCUUUGCAUGAAUAAUUUGACAGGAAAAGGACACAGUCUCAUUUUAGCUGUGCCAUUAUAAAUAAAUCAUAUAAUGCUCCCCUUAUAUACUUCACUGGGUGGAUUGCUGCCCAAAAAUAUACUCCAGAGAGUCCCGAAAUCCACCAUCUGUAGUGACAGUCAGAUACCAUUGAAGUCCGUGGCAUGAAGGUGAUAUUGUUCUGUAGCUGAUCCAUGUCAAAGCAUUUUUGCACCAUUCUUCGGGAUCUACUUGCAACACACAAAUACUAAGAAUAGAUAUAGAACGUGUUAAAGGAUAAUAUCGCCUAUUUAUAGGAAGAGUUAACUUCUAGAAAUCUGCAGUGACACAUAAGCGAUAGGUUACUCUCCAUAGAAAGUUCUAUCAUCUGCACAUUUGUGUUUAUUGAGGUUUACCUAAGGGUAAUAGCACACAGGACUACUGGCACUUUAAGCGUUAUGUUUCUUAAAUAGUCCUAAAACUGCGCCCAAUGCAGCCCCAUAGACUUGAAUGUAAAUCAUCUGUCAAGCUCCAUUUGGCCGCCAAUAGCAGCCUGGAAACCUGGAACUUUGCCUGACUUUUAUGAACUGGCAAUUGGUAAAAAGGAGCGUUUGCCAGCCGUUUUGCUUUCAAAUCUGUGAGGGCGGCUUUGGUGCAUUGUUUUCUGGCUACUAAAAAAAAAACAGAUUUAUCAUUAAUAUUUGUGUUUUAUACUUCAAUAGAGCUCACAAUUAUUCAUUUACUGGCACAUUUUUGUAAGCACAAAUAUAUAGCCCUUCACUUUCAUGUUUCAAUAUGCUUUGCUUUCAAAGUUUGAUAAAAUACAAUCCUGCCCUGAUGAACCUACACACACUACUACAUUUCCAGCCAAUACAUACAGUGCACUUUUGUUACGUUUUUUUUUACAAGGUUUCUAUACUUUUCCCUCUUGAUUUUGUAAUUUGGAAGAAAAUGCAUACAUGGUGGACUUUUUUUUUUUUUGUUGGUGUUAUUGGCUAUGUUCUAAUAUGAAGGUAAAUGAAUGAACAUUUAACACUUUCUCUUCCUGCUGUGGUAGAACAAGAACACAUAGAUUUCCUUGGGCUGUUUGGGAACCUGCACGUGCUUUUUAUAUGGGAGGUCCUUCCUUUAAACUGGGAUGUUCAGCCGGCAGCCCACUAUUGUUUAAUCAUCUACAAAUCUUAAGACUGAUCAAGGUUGGCACAUAACAGUGUACUGAUGCUCAUUUGUAUUCCUAUAUUGUUGGGUGGAAAAUGAGUGGCAUUAUAACGAAGGGAUUUUAGUAAAGUAGCCGCGAAUAUAUAGAUGGUUUAGGGCCUUCCCAUUCUUAUUGCAGGGGAGGAGCAUCGCUGCCCCAGUUCUUUCAAGCCAAAUCCAUUACAUUGUAAAGCAGAAGCAGUUUUAUCAUCACUAGUUAUUAAACAUGGCUUUUAUAGAGGUGGAUCUUUAUUCGCAAAACUCAAUUUUCGCUGGUAACAAUGAUAAUCAUUGGUGUAUGAAACAAUGGAUUUUAAAUAAACAAAUAAAACACC